AUGACAGAAUUAGUUGAAAACAAUUCUUCAAAACGAGGAAGAAAAUUUUUAUUUUUUUUAUCAUUUAUAUUAUCUCAAAAAGACUAUUCCAAUGUCAAAAAAAUAUUGACACCAUUUAUAAAUAAAUUUGGUCUUGAACUGCCAAGUAAUGAAGAAUUUAAAUCUACUUGCAAUUCUCAAACUCAUAAACAUGAGACAGCUUUUGGUGCUAUAAGUUGCCGUCAUGAUGAAUGUUUACCCAAAACUUCUCGAACGGGAAUUACCAAUUUUGUUAAGAUUAUAGAUAGCCUGUUUAAAACAUCGUCAUUUCGUUUUGCACUUUCAAUUUCAUCUUUUGCUAUAGUAUACCAAACCUUAUUACGAUUCUUUACACGUGCAUUUGAUCCUUUACUUGGUCCCCGCUCCAGAAUGAAUAUAAUUGGUUCACCCUUGGUACCUCCAUUUUUGGCUGGUCUGUUUGCAGGACCAACUUUACUCAUUGAUAAUAUUGAAUCGAGACGUAUAACUAUUUCCACUUAUGCGUUAUGCAAAAGUUUGCAAUUUAUCUAUAGUGCUUUAAGAGAUAAUCGAAUUAUCCCUAGAAUGCCUUGGUGGUGGGGUGCUUGGUUAUUAUUUCCAAUUAGUUCUUCCCAAACGAUUUAUUGUUAUUUAAUUCAUCCCGAUAUUUUCCCA